GGAUCAGGCACGUGCACAGGUAGAGCCCUAGCUCAAGCACCAGCCCUUUUGCCCUGGAUAAGAAAAGUGCCCUUUUUGCUGGAGCCCACUUUUUUCUUCUUCAUUAACAAGUAUUUAAGAAUAAAAAAGAGUCUCUGUCAUCAAGUCCCCCCAAAUGUGUUUGGAUAUCUGACGGGGCAUUUCUUGUGAGAAUUUCGCCCCGACAUGCUCCGCGGCGCUCACGCACACUCUGGACACAGACUGUCAAGGCUCGCGUUAAACCAUAACGAUAAUUAAUUCAUUACUAUACUAUCACGGUCAGCCACAACGUUUGCCAGUAGCGUUCAUUUUUACAGAGAACCCUGAACGCAGCAUCCAGAGCAGCGACUCCAGAAUACGACGACAACAAAGAUGGUGGCGGAGCGAGCAUAGUGAGCUGUGAGGGGAGCAGCCAGCUGAGAGGAGCACAGCGAGCUGGGGUCAGGCCUCUGGCUGCAGCUCCAGGAGAACCACAGGGGGUCCAGGGCCAUGGACGCCUGCUUUGGGAAUAUUGUGUUCAGCUCCAAGUUUGACUCUGGGAACCUGGCUCGUGUGGAGAAGGUGGAGAAGAGCAGCUGCAGCCCUCCUGAGGCCCCCAGCGGGGGGGCCCCCUCAGGCUCACACCUCACCCCCGACUACGAGUUCAAUGUGUGGACGCAGCCCGACUGCGGCGGCACGGAGCACGAGAACGGAAACAGGUCGUGGUUUCACUUCAGUGUCCGGGGGGCUGCUGGGGGGAAGGUGCUGAAGAUCAACGUGAUGAACAUGAACAACCAGAGGAAGCUCUACAGCCAGGGCAUGGCGCCGCUGGUCCGCACCUCGCCGGGCAAGAGCCGGUGGGAGAGGGUCCGGGAGAGACCCGCAGCCGAGGUACGCCUUCAGCGCCUCUCUGAACCACAGGGUAACUCUUCCUCACCAUGUGUCUCCUCUUCCUCGUCCCUUCAGAUUGUCGAUAACCAGUUCAUCCUCUCGUUCUCCCACCGGCUGCUGGAGGCGCGCGGGGUCACCACCUACUUCUCCUUCUGCUUCCCCUUCUCCUACCGCGAGUGCCAAGAGAUGAUGCAGCAGCUGGAUCAGAGCCAGCCGGACGCUGCCGAGCUCAGUCCGAGCAGCGCCCCGGACGGCGUGUACUACCUCAGGGAGCUGCUGUGCCGGUCCCUGGAGGGGAACCGGGUGGACCUGCUCACGGUGAGCAGCUGCAGCGGCAUGCUGGAGGAGCGGGAGCCCCGCCUGCCCGAGCUGUUCCCGGACGCCAACGCGCCGCGACCACGCCGCUUCUCCGGCAAAAGGGUGUUUUUCCUCAGCAGUCGAGUGCACCCCGGGGAGACGCCGGCGUCCUUCGUGUUUAACGGUUUCCUCAGCUUCGUCCUGAGGAGGGACGACCCCCGAGCUCAAGCGCUGAGGAAGAUGUUCGUCUUCAAGCUCAUUCCCAUGCUCAACCCGGACGGGGUCGUUCGGGGCCACUACAGGACUGAUUCCAGGGGCGUGAACCUGAACCGACAGUACUUGAACCCCAGCCCCGAGCUGCACCCGUCCAUCUACGCAGCCAAGACGCUGCUGCUCUACCACCACACACACAACCGACUGCACAGCACACACACACAGCCCACUCCCCUGGGCCUCAAGCCGGCCAACCGGACGCAGCCUCCUCCCUUCACCUCCCUGGAAGUCAGCUUGAACGACGCGAGUCCCGAAGUCCAGGUGUCGAUGGAGGAAAACACCUGGUUGCCCCCGGAGACGGGGAAGGGGGAGCGGGACAGCUCGAGCUCCCCGGAGACUGUGGCUCCCGUUACUGUCACGCUACCAGAAGUGGAGGAACUGUCCAUUCCACCUCAGGAGGGGGGCGUGGCCUAUUAUGUGGACUUACAUGGCCACGCCUCUAAGCGGGGGUGCUUCAUGUAUGGAAAUAACCUCCCUGACGAGAGCCAGCAGGUGGAGAACAUGCUGUAUCCGAGGCUGAUCGCCGUGAACUCCGCCCACUUUGAUUUCCAGGGCUGUAACUUCUCAGAGAAGAACAUGUACGCCCGCGACAAGAGGGACGGCCAGUCCAAAGAGGGCAGCGGGCGGGUGGCCAUGCACAAGGCCAUCGGUCUGCUGCACAGCUACACGCUGGAGUGCAACUACAACACCGGGAAGACCAUGAACACCAUCCCACCUGCUUGCCAUGACAACGGCCGGGCAACCCCACCUCCUGCCCCGUCAUUCCCUCCCAAAUACACCACGGAGACCUUUGAACAGGUGGGGCGUGCUGUGGCCAUCUCCGCCCUGGACAUGGCGGAGUGUAACCCGUGGCCUCGCCUGGUGCUGUCUGAGCACAGCUGCCUGAUGAACCUUCGAGCUUGGAUCCUCAAACACGUCCGCAACACCAAAGGCCUGAACGCCGCCCCCUGCCCCCCCCCACGGGCUCAGCCCAGUGGCAGCAAGGUGUCCCCGCCCAAGAGCGUCAACCCCUGCUCCGCCUCUGAGAACACGCUCAGUCGCAUCCGCUGCAACAGCCACAGCAGCAGCAGCCAGACGCCGUCCCCCAAGAUGCACAGCUCCCCGAGCUUCACCUACGGCCGCCCGCCGCCCCGGACGCCGCACGGCGGCUCGCACGGCGGCUCGCACGGCGCUGGCCGUGGAGGCAACAAGACGCUGGGGCCAGUCAGGGGCCUCAGCUGCCCAGACCUCCAGGCUGGGAGCCCCGGUGCAGCGGGGGGGUCCAGGAGGCCGGUCCCCAUGCGCCGUGUGGGCAGAGGGAGCCACCGGACCCCCCCGGUCCCCCGCCGCCCUGCACAGGUGAGCUCACCUGGCUCUGAUCAGCCAGCUGUCCAACAUGUGGUGUCUGAAGUCUCACUGUGGAGCGCGACAGACGUGGGCCCUGAACGCACCUCCUCCAUCACAUUCAGCAGGUGUGAGCUGCAACCUCAUCCCCGCACCCCCAUCCGGAGGGCGGGGUCGACUGAAGCCCCGCCUCCACCUGGCGGGAACACACCUAGCAGCAUGAACCCGGAGGAGGAGACGGCCCCCAUGAAGGUCUGGAAGCUGCUCAGACCCGGCCUCCAUCGACACCUGUCCCUGUCAGGUAUCGACACGCCCCCAGGGUCACCUGACUCAGGCGCUUCUGGGAAAGAGGGCGCCAUGCGGCCGGCCUCUCAAGCACUGGAGAAGAACAGCUCAGACAACGCGCUCAACACAGGAAGGACACCUGAGGAGCACGGCGCGGUCCAGCAGCCGGAGACACACGACGUGUUGAGCAGCGGCGGCCCCCAGCCCGUCUCCUUGUGAGGGACCACGAACCGGAGGCUGAGACACUGCCCCGUGUGGAGAAGCCGAGCAACUGCAUCGAGCUGAUUCACUGAAGCGCCUUCAUCAGCUCCGUUGUUCACUUGUGGAACACAUGAGUGACGUCAGUGUUGUUGUUCCAGAAGGUUGUGACAUCAUUGAAAUACAAUCUGUUGAGACCAAAAUGUGAAACUGUAAAACAGAGAUCACAUGUAUGUGUGAGCCAUGUUCUGAUACAUGUAUGUGUGUGAGCCAUGUUCUGAUACAUGUGUGUGAGCCAUGUUCUGAUACAUGUGUGUGUGUGUGAGCCAUGUUCUGAUACGUGUGUGUGUGAGCCAUGUUCUGAUACAUGUGUGUGUGAGCCAUGUUCUGAUACGUGUGUGUGUGAGCCAUGUUCUGAUACAUGUGUGUGUGAGCCAUGUUCUGAUCCAUGUGUGUGUGUGAGCCAUGUUCUGAUACAUGUGUGUGAGCCAUGUUCUGAUACAUGUGUGUGUGAGCCAUGUUCUGAUCCAUGUGUGUGCCAUGUUCUGAUCCAUGUGUGUGUGAGCCAUGUUCUGAUACGUGUGUGUGUGAGCCAUGUUCUGAUCCAUGUGUGUGUGAGCCAUGUUCUGAUCCGUGUGUGUGUGUGAGCCAUGUUCUGAUCCAUGUGUGUGUGUGAGCCAUGUUCUGAUCCAUGUGUGUGUGUGAGCCAUGUUCUGAUACGUGUGUGUGUGAGCCAUGUAUGUGUGAGCCAUGUUCUGAUACGUGUGUGUGUGAGCCAUGUAUGUGUGAGCCAUGUUCUGAUACAUGUGUGUGUGAGCCAUGUUCUGAUACAUGUGUGUGUGUGAGCCAUGUUCUGAUACAUGUGUGUGUGUGAGCCAUGUUCUGAUACGUGUGUGUGUGAGCCAUGUGUGUGUGUGUGAGCCAUGUUCUGAUACGUGUGUGUGUGAGCCAUGUUCUGAUCCAUGUAUGUGUGUGUGAGCCAUGUUCUGAUACGUGUGUGUGUGUGAGCCAUGUUCUGACGGUCAGGUUACAAUAAUAAACCCCGGCUCUGAAUGCUGCUGAACAGAACCAGCGUGCUGCGUCUCCAGCGGGUCACUGUGGGAUCACAGGUGAGGACACACCUGAAGCCGGCAGGGGACUUUUGGGACACUCCUUGAGAUUUCUGUGCUUGUUGAUUUAGUUUGUACAUAUGUGUAUAUAUAUUAAUUUAUUGUGCAAGGUAAAUGGUUGUUGUAUUUUACAUUUAAUAAUCAUCUUUAACCAAGUUACUUAAUUAUAUUGUGACUGACUUUACAAAUAAAUGUAUUUCAGCCGAUCCUUCGAUGCAGAACUUAAAUAAAUGACAUUUAUGCAAA